AUGAAUCCCAGGGUCUGUUUCGCCUGGGCCAUGUGUGCCCUGAUCGGAGCGGAAGUCGGCGCUAAAGUAGCAGAGGAAGGGCUGCGGACAGGUUUGGCACCCCCCCAAAAUGCGGGUAGCAACCAUACAGGCGCAAAGAGGCUACCCCUCGAUCGGGGGAGUGAUAGGUGCGUUUCUCCUCAGUUUUCGUCUCACAUAGAAGCAGAUGCACCUCCACGAAGUGCAGACGAUGCUGCAGGGAGGGGUCAGCCCCCCCAGCAGGUUGAACACCCGCCUAACCGAGUCACAAACGUUAUGGCCCCCCCAAUGAGCAAACAAAGCGCGGUCGAAGUUAGAUCGGCGCUGCUUAAAAACCACGACGGGGUGAAAAUCACGGGGACGUGCAAUGCGAAGGUCCAGCUGUUCCUCGUUCCGCAUAUAUCAAUAAGUGUCGAGGCGGAGAGUAAUACAAUUCAGUUGGGGCGAAAGUUAGAAGAUGUGACGAUCACGAAGGAAUUCUACAGGGGGGUUGGCGGCAAGUCAUCCCCGUUGCUGCAGUUUGAGGAGGAUGCGGAUUCCCUCCUCAACCAGUGCGCGGAGGGGAAGACGUUUAAGUUUGUGGUGGUCAUCAGGGGGGAGGAGCUGAUCCUCAAGUGGAAGGUCUACGAGAAGGUGCCUUCGCCAUCGGACAACAACAAAGUCGACGUGAGGAAAUACUUGCUGAAGAACCUGGGCCGCCCAAUCACGGCGAUACAAGUGCACAGCGGGAAGGAGGAAAGCGACGUCUUCUUGUUGGAGAGCAAGGCGUACCUCCUGCGGCAGGACAUUCCAAGAACGUGCGAGCGGAUCGCCAGCAGCUGCUUCCUCAGCGGAAACGUAGACAUCGAGGGGUGCUACAAGUGCACCUUACUUUCGGAAGACACAAAAUUGGGCAGCCCCUGCUUUAGUUACCUCCCCCCCGAGGUUAAGCAUAACUAUGAGAAGGUAAAAAUGAAGGCGCAGGAUGAGGGUGAUUUGGGAGAAGCCCAACUGGAAGAGCUCAUCCGCAGGAUCCUCCACGCGGUGCAAAGAAAGGGGAAAAGUAACCCCCCCAGGAAAGGAGCAACCGAAGAAGACUACCCAAAUGAUAAUUUGAGGGAACUCCUUCUACGCUACUGUCAAGUGAUGAAGAAGGUAGACAGAAGUGGAACCCUUGAGGAGCACGAGGUAGGAAACGAAAUGGAUGUGUUAGCCAAUUUGGAGGGUCUCCUAAGGAAGCAUCCGAAGGAGGAGAUACCCGCAUUACGAGAGAAGUUAAAGAACCCCGCCAUCUGUAUGAAAGACGCAGCCAAGUGGGUGGAGCAGAAACGCGGCCUGGCGUUGCCCCUCUUUGAGUACAAGCACUUACAAAGGAGAGUCACUACAGCUGUGGAUUCGCAAGAGAGUAACUCAGCAGAUAAAGAAAACAUCAUCAAAGGAGAGCACAUCGCAGCCUACCGCGCCGUUAUUGACCUUUCCCAAAGAGACCAGAUGAACCAUUCGAACCUUUCCGGGGAGAUGUUCUGCAACGAAGACUACUGCGACAGGUGGAAGGAUAAAAGUAGCUGCUUCUCAAGCAUAGAGACGGAGGAACAAGGCAAUUGCAACCUCUCUUGGCUGUUUACAUCUAAGACGCAUUUAGAAACGAUUAGAUGCAUGAAAGGGUAUGACCAUUUGGGUUCUUCCGCUUUGUACGUAGCUAGCUGUUCCAAGAGGGGAAAAAAAAGCAGAUGCGUUUCUGGAUCGAAUCCGUAUGAAUUUCUCACCAUCGUUGAAGAAAGUGGGUUCUUGCCACCUGCAGUGUGGUUGCCCUAUUCGUAUGGAGACGUCGGAAAUGGAUGCCCCAAGCGGGAGGAUCACUGGCAUAAUCUGUGGGAAGGAGUGAAACUGUUAGAACCCGCAGAUGAACCCAAUUCGGUGAGCACCAAGGGGUAUACAUCCUACGAAAGUGACGAUUUCAGGGGGGAUAUCCAAACGUUUGUCAACAUGGUGAAGAGCCAAGUGAGGAGCAAAGGAUCCGUCAUGGCUUACAUCAAGGUGCUAGACAUCCUGAGUUACGACUUCAAUGGGAAGGAGGUGCACAGCCUGUGCGGCGACAAAAGGCCGGACCACGCGGUGAACAUAAUUGGCUACGGCAACUACGUCACCCCGGAGGGGGUGAAGAAGUCCUACUGGCUGAUGCGAAACAGUUGGGGGAAGUACUGGGGAGAUGGCGGCAACUUUAAGGUGGAUACGCAUGGUCCGCCUGGAUGCCAGCACAACUUCAUCCACACCGCGGCUGUCUUCAAUCUGAGCAUGCCCAUGGCGGAGGGCCCUUCCAAGGGGGAGGCCCACUUGUACGACUACUACCUGAAGAGCUCCCCUGACUUUUUGGGAAACAUUUACCAUAAGAUCAGCGGCCGUAGGAGCGGUGCCGUAGAGAAGGGCAGAACAACCGGCAAUCAAAGUUUGACCGUGCAAGGGCAGGAGGGAUGGAGCGACCUCCUGGAGGGAACCACCCCCUCAACAACUGCCAACCCUAACCCGGUUGGAGAAUUGAAGGGGGCGCAAGAUGUACCAAAAAGGGGGAACACAGGGAAACGCAUCUCUGAGGACCCACAAGAAGAGGUACUUAACGAGGAGCUAAUACCCCAAUUGCCAUUAGCGCCCAUUUCGCAGGCAGCAGCAACACUGGGAGAAGGCCAAGUGGAGGCAACUCCUCUACCGCCUUUAACCGUUGCAGCGUCUCUCCCCCUACGGGGGGACGUACUGCUUGAGCGGGAUGGCACCAACGAGGGAAGCAAAGAAGCUGCAACGGUGGAAGUGAUGCACAUUUUAAAAUACAUUAAAAAUGGAAAGGUAAAAUUGGGAAUAGCUACAUACCGAGACGAUAGUGACAUUGCUGGGGACCAUAGCUGCUCCAGAUCGUUAGCGCAAAAUUCAGAGCAGCUCGCCGAGUGCAUACAGUUUUGCCACGACGAGUGGCCCAACUGCAGAGGUGAGGCGUCUCCUGGGUACUGUCUAGCGCAACGGAGGAGGACGGGCGAUUGCUUUUUCUGCUAUGUGUAG